AUGCCGCCACCACCACCACCCAUCCACCCCUCCCAGAUCCUCCACCCGGUCCCGCGUCCCAUAAGCUUCCUCGAGUUCUCCGCCGCCCUCCGCGCCUGCGCGCCCCCGCGGUUCCCCCACGCCCGCGUCUCCCAGCGCCGCCGCGUCCUCCUCGCCGUCUCCGGCGGCCUCGACUCCAUGGCCCUCGCCUUCCUCUUCAACCAGCACCGCGCCGUCACGCCCACCGCCCCCGUCGUCGACAACUGCCUCGGCCGCAUCUCCGCCAUGAUCGUCGACCACCGCCUCCGCCCCGGCUCCGGCGAGGAAGCCGCCGCCGUCGCGAGGGAGCUCAGGACCUAUAAACACGUCUCGCCCGUCGUGGAGGCCCUCGACUGGAAGAGGGACGUCGGCGUGGAGGGCGACCCGGCGGACGCCCCGAACCUCGAGAGUUUAGCAAGGAGGGCAAGAUACAGACGCAUCGGCGCCUUCUGCCGCAGCCUCCACAUCGAGAGCGUCUUCCUCGCGCACCACGAGGACGACCAGCACGAGACCGUCCUCAUGCGCCUGCUCGCCGGCCACGGCAGCCGCGGGCUGCGCGGCAUCAUGCCCCGCGCCGACAUCCCCGAGUGCCACGACAUGCACGGCGUCUACGAGUCCGGCCACGUCGACGACCUGACCUUGCCCGUGCCCCCCAUCUCCUUCCGCCCGCCCCGCCGCGAGUGGCGCUGGGUCCGCCGCGAGCUGUCCGACGAGCUCGACUGGGACCUGUAUUCUGCCGAGGCGCGCGCGGGCUCGCAGGAGGCGCCGUAUACGGAUCCGGACGAGGAGGACGUCGUCUUCUCCUCCGCGAGGGCAAGGGCGAAGGCGGCGGCGGCGGCUGCUGCUGUGAGGAACGUCCCGCGGAUCGAGACCGAGGACGCGGGGGUCAUGUUGUAUCGGCCGCUGUUGGGGUUUAGUAAGGACAGGUUGAGGGCGACGUGCGAGCACAAUAAGGUCCGGUGGUUCGAGGACCCGACGAACGAGGAUCGGACGUUGACGAUGCGGAAUGCCGUGAGGCAUAUGGUGCGCAACCACGAGCUGCCCGCGGCGCUGUCGAAAGAGAACAUCCUCCGGCUCUCGGCGCGCUGCGACGAGAGGGUGCGGGCGCAGGAGAGGGAGGCCGAGCGGUGGAUCAGGAGAGGUGUCGUCGCCGACUUCGAGCCCAACGCGGGGACCCUCGUCGUCGAGCUCCCGACCAUGGCCGUCCCCUUGUCAAAACGCCGUACGACGACAACGAAAAGACGGCGUGAGCUGCGCCUCGCGCACCGCCGAACCAUCGCGGCCAUCGUCGUCCGCAAACUCCUCUCCUUCGUAUCCCCCGAGAAACACUACGCCCAGCUCUCCUCGCUCCAAUCCGUCGUCGCCCGCCUCUUCCCCCUCCUAGCCGAAGAACCGGAAGACGCAUCCACCAGAAAAGCAUUCAACCAGGCCUCCGUCCUCUUCCUCCCCGUCCCCACGCACCCGCGGAAAUGGUACCUCACCCGCGAACCCUACCCCUCCAACAUCCCCACCCCGGAGACCUCCUUCAUCACCGCCUCCGGCGGCGCCCACCGCCGCUUCCCCCAGUUCCCCCCCGGCCCGCGCCCGGGCUCCACCUGGCGCGACGGCGAGACCGACGCCCUCGUCUCCCUGCCCCCGCUCUCCCCGGACCUCACCCACUCCGAGUGGCUCCGCCACCUGGCGACGCAGCCCCUCCCGGCGCCCGACGCCAACUCCAAGAACUGGCGCUCCUGGCGCCGCUUCGAGCUCUGGGACGGCCGGUUCUGGAUCCGCGUCAAGGGACGGGUGAGGGCGUGUUUCCGCGUCGCGCCGUUCGGGGCCCAGCACGCCAAGGCGUUCCGCGAGGGUCUCGCCGACGAGGGGGCGCGGAGUAAGUUAGAAGUCGUGCUGAAGCGGUUCGCGCCGGGGAAGGUGCGGUAUACGCUCCCCGCGCUGUAUGCGGUGAAUCGGGACGAGGAGACGGGGUGUGAGAUUCUGAGGAUGUUGGCGUUGCCGACGCUCGGGGUGCAACUGCCGGGGGUGGAGAGGUGGGUGAAGUAUGAGGUGAGGUAUCGGAAGGUGGAUUGGGAGCUUCUGGGGAGGGAUGAGGAUGAGGAGUAG